CCCCCAAUCAGAAGCGCGUCCACUCUCCACCUACUCACGCGACUCUCGCUGGCCCCAUCCACCUCCAGAGAGCUUGCCACGCGCCCCCAUACCGUCAACGCGUCCGUCAGUGUCUGGGCCAGCGCCUGCCAUCGCCCGCCAUGACGACCUUUUCGAGCAUGUCGCUGUACGCCUUGACGGUGAAGCAGCCGUCGGCGACGCAGGACGCCAUCUCGGGCGACUUCCUCGGGAACGGCAAGCAGCAGAUCCUCACGGCGAACGGCUCCCGGCUGGCCAUCCUUGAGGUGUCUCGGCGGCAGAAGGGCUUCCAGGAGCUCUAUUCCCAGGAUGUGUUUGGCAUCGUCCGUCGCAUAGCCAAGUUCAGGGUCGCGGGCGGCACCAAAGACCACAUUGUCAUAACCACCGACUCCGGACGGCUAGUCACCUACGAAUACAUCCCCGACGAGCACACAUUCAAGACGGUGCAUUUCGAGACGUUUGGCAAGUCUGGUGUCCGACGCGUUGUGCCAGGCGAGUACCUGGCUGCCGAUCCAAAAGGGCGCGCCAUCAUGGUCGCAUCGACCGAGAAGAACAAGCUCGUCUACAUCCUCACCCGUAGCGGACAGACCGACAUCGCCAUUUCUUCGCCGCUAGAAGCACAUAAGCCGCAGACGCUCAUGUACUGCCUGAUUGGGCUUGACGUUGGCUACGACAAUCCCAUGUUCGCGGCUCUCGAGCUAGACUACUCGAAUUCAGAAACGGAUUCUAGUGGAGAAGCGUAUGCAGAGCUCAAGAAGGAGCUAGUCUACUACGAGCUGGAUCUUGGUCUGAAUCACAUCGUGCGAAAAUGGUCUGAACCGGUCGACCGAACGGCGAACAUGUUGUUCCGUGUGCCCGGAGGUCCUAAUGCGCCGAGCGGAGUUCUUUGCUGCGGAGAGGACUCCAUCACAUAUCGGCGCAUUUUCAACAACAAAUCGAGCGUACACAGACUUGCGAUACCGCGUCGCGAAGGAGCCACAGAAGACCCCAACCGCAAGCGUACCAUCGUUGCUGGCACUCUCUACUCUCUCAAAGGCGGCGAGUUUUUCUACCUCCUACAAACAGAGGACGGAGAUGUCUUCAAGCUCACGGUCGAGUCCCCUAGCGGCACCGUCGAGAAAAUCAAGAUCAAAUACUUCGACACAAUACCUGUUUCGACAAGUAUAUGUAUCUUGAGGGCAGGAUUUGUGUUCGCUGCCUGCGAGUCUGGGGACCGGAUACUCUAUGAGCUGGAGUCACUGGGUGAAGAGACUGAGGACCCGAUCUUUGAAAGUGGCCAAUUUCCCGUAGACCCUGAGGCAUCAUUCGCACCACCUUUCUUCCGUCCAAGGGCUUUGACUAAUUUGACAGCGGUCGAGACGAUUCCCAGUCUAAAUCCGAUCAUGGACAUGGAAGUCGCGAACCCUGCCUUGGAGGACGCACCACAGAUUUACACAGUCAACGGCACUGGCGGACGAAGCACCUUUCGCACCACAAGAAAUGCUCUGGAAGUGCUUGAUCUCAUCGAGUCACCACUACCACAGAACGCCUCCGAUGUUUGGACAACUAAGCUCACAAUAGAAGACGAGACUGACACACUGAUUGUGCUCUGUUUGCACAGCAGGACACUCGUGCUGAAGAUCGGUGAUGAUGUGGAAGAAGCCUCCAACACAGGGUUCCUAGCAGACACCAACACGCUAGGAGUUCAACAGUUCGGCGAAGAUUGCAUAAUUCAGAUCCAUCCGAAGGGUAUCCGCCAUAUCCAAGGCAUCCAGUUUCCCGACGAUGAUGCCAAUGCGACCCACGCCAACCUGACUGAUUGGCAACCGCCGGCGCAUCGGACCAUCGUAGCCUGCGCGACAAACAACCGACAAGUGGCGAUCGCGCUGAGUUCAGGUCAGAUCCUCUACUUUGAGUGCGAUUCGGAUGGAUCCCUUGCCAUGGCUGAGGAAGAGAUUGCCUUGGAUAGUACGAUCAACUGCCUGGCAAUGCCAGAUGUGCCCGAGGGUAGCGUGAGAGCUUUCUUCUUGGCUGUUGGUUGUAGCGACCAGACAGUCAGAAUAUUCAACUUGAGUCCAGAUAUGGAGGGCAACAUUUUGAGGAGUAUCUCCGUUCAGGCGCUCACAUCACCACCCAGCGGUCUCACUAUCAAUGUCAUGACCGACAAAUCGCCGCGUGGAUACAGUCAAUUCCUUCACAUCGGUCUGCGAAGUGGAGUAUACAUUCGUUCGGUACUUGACGAGAUGACCGGUGACAUCGGAGACACCCGGCGACGUUUCUUGGGUCCCGAACCUAUCAAGUUUGCCAAAGUGACUGUUGCCAACGAACCAGCUAUUCUCGCAAUGACUUCAAGGCCAUGGCUAGGUUACACUCACCCGCGCACUGGUGUGCUCCAGUUGACGCCGCUUAACUACAUACCGUUCAAGUCAGCUUGGAACUUUGAGGGCUCGCAGUUUAAGGGUAUCAUCUGUGUGAGCGCGAAUGAGUUACGAAUCUUCACCUUCAACGACUUGACGGACAACACAACAUACGAGACGAUACCACUGAAAUACACACCGCGAAAGAUGGUUGGUCACCAUGAUCAGGGAGUAUUUUACGUCAUUCAAAGCGAGAACAACACUUUAAGUUCUGAAUCGAGGAGCAGCUUGAUCAAGCAAGCAGCAACCAAGAAAGAGAAUGGAGCCCAGUCAGAAGCUGAGGGCGGUAUGGAAGUCGAUCAGACAAAUGGUGAGACUGAGAGCGAGGAGUUGCCAGCUGUCGAAUUCGGCUACCCACGAGCCCAGGGUAAUUGGGCGUCCUGCAUCCAGGUUGUUGACCCACUGAAUGAAAAGGCUGUCACACAUACUGUGGAGCUCAAGACCAACCAGUCUCUGGUCAGUGCAGCACUUGUCUACUUUGAAAGCAGAGGUGAAGACGUCUUCUUAGCCGUUGGCACUGCGAAGGAUCUGAGCUUCAACCCAUACAAGUGCUCAGGUGCCUCGAUCCAGAUUUACAAGAUUUCUCCAAAUGGGCGCGAGCUUGAACUCUUCCACGAGACUGACGUUAGCGACCCUCCCUUAGCUCUGCUCGGCUUCAAGGGCAAACUCAUCGCCGGUGUCGGUCCAAAUUUGUGCCUCUACGACUGCGGUUCGCGAUCCGUUUUGCGCAAAGCACAGGCUUCAAACUGCGUGCCUACUCGCAUCACGGACAUCAAGACGCAAGGUAGCCGUCUUGUCGUUUCUGAUCAAGCACAAUCUGUAACCUACGUUGUCCACAAGGAUCAAGUCCACCCAAAUCGACUCAUUCCAUUCGUCGACGACACAGUCGCUCGACACACGACCUGUUCGGAGAUGUUGGACUAUGAUACGACAGUUGGUGGCGACAAGUUCGGUAACCUGUGGCUUGUGCGAUGCCCACAGAAGGUUUCCGAGGCCUCUGACGAAUCACCCGACGGCUCAGACCUACUUGUCGACAAGAGCUAUCUCGGCGGCACAGCAAACCGAGUAGACCUCGUCGCGCACUACUUCGCCAACGACAUUCCCAUCAAAAUCCAGAAGACGGUUCUUCUGUCUGGUGGUGAGCGCGUCAUCUUCUGGGCUGGGCUUCAGGGCACACUCGGUGCGCUCAUUCCCUUCACAUCACGCCGACAGCACAAGAUGUUCCAGCAAUUGGAGCUGCAGCUUCGGUCAGACGAUAAACCGCUUUCUGGACGCGACCACCUCGCUUACCGCAGCUAUUUCACUCCAGUCAAGAGCUUCAUUGACGGCGAUCUGGUCGAGCGCUUCUUAGUCCUGUCCCGGGACAAGCGAGAGAGUAUCGCAGCGCAGUUGACAGGUGCGGAGUGGACACCUGGCAUGAUUGACGAGGCUAUCUGGAACAUGAGGGGUCUCUACGCUUUCUAGAUGACGUGGGGAUAGCCCCUUACCCCUCAUUACUCUGUUGGACUACUUUUGGUAACAUUGCCACUGCCGAAUGAGAAGGCAUAUCCGUUUCCCAUGCGCCGAGUUGGAUGAGGAAAGAGCAUGGGAGUAGCAGCCUGAAGCGGUGCAAAUACAGUGAUUGGAGAGGGAAACGCUGCAAUUUGCUUGGAAGAGGGAAGGCAUCCGGUGGGAAGGUCAGCAGGCAUAAGCAUUCAUGUACGACUAAGACUUUCAUCACAUCGCUGGCGCAAUAUUGCGAGGUCAAUAGUAAUUCGUAUCUCAGGCAUUACUGUCUGCCAUCAAUAGAACCAGUUUGAUACCCA